AUGGCAAUUUCGACCUGGCCCGUUUUACCCGACCUGUUUGACCUUUCGUGUCACAUUUCCAUCGCCGCUUUGCUCGUUUUCUUCAGUUGGUGCACUGCCGCUGAUUUCUUCAACUGGAAGCCUCCACAGAUCCCAGAAAUCGUGUUGCUUGAACAUACCUUUAGAGAAGCUGCUGCAGUCUUCCACAGAAGAUUCAAUCAGGCGCUGGCCAUUCUCCUUGAUAUCGCCUGCGGAAGAGAUCCAAGACUCUUCUUUCUGGCGAUUGUGUUUCUGUACAUAGUAUCAGUGGUUGGCACAUGUUUCAGCUUCCUGAAUUUCCUUUAUCUGGGGUACGUCGGAAUCCAAACGGUGCCCUUCCUGUACGAGCAGUACGAGGCCGAGGUGGACUACAUUGCGGGAACAUUGAUGAGAGAUGUGAGGAGGGCGUAUAGGAAGUUCGACUCCAGGGUACUCAACAAGAUACCAAGAGGCCCUGUCAAGGAAAAGAAGGCACGAUAGACAAAAACCGCUACUUGUUCUCUACUUUAACUCACUGCUCUUUCACUAGUACAUCAUCUGUAUCAUAUUCAUACACACACACACACACAUGCACUCGUUUACUUACAAUUGCAUGAUACUGACUGUAACUAUUGGAAUCAGAAACUAUCCAC